AUGCUGCCAAGAGUGGCGCUUGGCCUUGCCGCCGCUCAAGGAGCCGUCGCAUCUUUGCACAGCAACAAUUUGGCUUAUCUGAGUCCGUCCCGGCGCCAUCCUACGUUAGCGGUCCCCGCCAGCCAUCUAGCUACUCGAGCAGCCGAUGAGCUCUAUACUCCUGAUGAGCUAGAAUUCACCCAUGGUGUAGCUUCGGGUGACCCUCUGGCUGAUUCUGUCAUCAUUUGGACUCGGUUGGCCCCAUCAUCCAAUAACACGGCCUCUGACACGGUUCCCGAAGGAGUUGUUCCGAUUUACGAUCACCUAGAAGCAGAUCACCCAAGCGAGAAGUCUGCUUGUGUUGAGUUUCGGAUUGCCAGCGAUGAGAAACUCACAGACAUCGUGGACAAAGGCACUGCCUAUACCACUAGUGACGUUGAUUACACCAUAAAAUUUGAGGCCGCAGGGUUGAAGCCUUUCACCACGUACUACUACCAAUUCAACGUCUGUAACUCGGCAAAGACCAGCAUUGUCGGCCGCACAAAGACGGUUCCAAGCAAAGACGCCAAAGUCGAGAAAAACAUUAAAUUGGCCGUCUACUCUUGUAGCAAUUACCCUGAGGGAUAUUUUAACGCGUACGGCAACCCGGUUAGCAAGGACUCGGUUGACUAUGUCCUUCAUCUGGGAGACUACAUCUACGAAUACAAAGGUGACUCAAGUAUUCGUAAUCCGGAGCCCGAUAGAGAGACAUACGACUUGUAUGACUAUCGCAAGCGCAUCGCCACGUACCGCACUGACCCAGACCUCCUUGCCUCCCAUCAAAAGUUCCCUUGGAUCCCAGUGUGGGAUGAUCACGAAGUUGCCGACAACUCCUGGCGCGAAGGCUCUGUGAAUUCCGACGGCGAGGUUUUCGCCAAGCGUAAACAGGCCGCCGUUCGAGCUUACUUUGAGUGGAUGCCAAUCCGUCAAGUUGAGAUGGACGAUAGCCUGCGAAUCUGGCGCUCAUUUUCCCUUGGAACCCUAGCUGACUUGAUGAUGCUCGACACGCGCCAAUACAGCCGUGAUCUUACGGUGUUGGGAGGCUUUGCGGGCAUUGGAGGCAAUUCAGGAGAGGUAGAGAAGCUCGUUGACCUCGACAACCGCACCAUUAUGGGGUUCAACCAAGAAGCCUGGUUCUACGACCAGCUGUCCCAGUCAUCUAAUCGAGGAGCGGCUUGGCGUUUGGUCGGCCAACAGGUGGUUUUCAGCCAUGUGACCUUCGGCUUCUUCACCACUGAGGGAUUCAACCGGGACCAGUGGGAUGGAUAUCUGGCAAACCGCCGCCGUGUCUUCAGCCAUUUAUACGACAACCAAAUUAACAACACAAUCAUCAUGUCGGGAGACUCUCACGCCUCGUGGGUAUCUGACCUCGCCUGGGUAACCGGUGAUGAAGGUGAUCGGCCCUAUGACAAGAACAGCGGCGAUGGGGCCAUUGGCGUGGAGCUGGCCGGUUCAGCCGUGUCAUCUAAAAGCCCUAUCGGCAAUGUUCUGCCCAACUUUCUUACAAAUUUGGCGUCGGCUUGGCUCGUAAACAAGAACGACGAGCUACAGUGGCAGGAUUUGUAUUUCAGGGGCUACUACGAGAUGGACAUCGGUUACGAUAGCCUCACAGCGACAUUCUUCGGUAUCCCUGACGUUAAAACGAGGAAUACGAAAGAGGAUAUUAUUGCAAGAUUCGUGGUUAAUAACGGCGAGAAUAGAUUGGCUCGUAACCCAACUGUUGGUGGAGGAACUGCCAAGAGUGGUUCGCUCAAGAAUGGCAAGGUGUCGACAUAA